AUGGCGAAAGUUGAGGAUGAAAAUUAUGUCUCUGAUACUUCAUCUGGAGGUGAAGGAAAUCUAGAGCAAAAUCAUCGGAAAGUUGAAGUUCAGCGCCGUCGGAGGCUUGUUCAAAAGAAAAUUCAGUUUGGCAAGAAGAAUGUGCAGACCAAAGGUGUUGGAGAACACUCGCAUGUCAGAUGUCCGAUAACUCGUUCCAGUGCUCAGAAGAAGCGAUUUUCUCAGAAGAAUGCUAUGGAGCGAAACGGAGAUGCUAAUGGGAAGAGGAAGGUUAAAUAUCCAGAUGACAUCGAUUCUGAUUUCGAAGUUGAACAAUGUGUUCCUGUGGAUGAAGAAGAAAGUGAGGAUAGCUCUGAGGCUAACAAAUCAGUACUGAGGAGGUCCAAGGGCAACACACAUAGGCAUAAAUCGAGUUGUUUCGAGUUUGAAGAUGAAGAUGCCAGGAAUAAACACCAAAGAGAACACAAGUUGUUGAUCCUCACAAAAAUUGUUGCUAUCUAUGUUGACAAGCAAAUAAUGCCAUUGUUGGAUUGGGAAUUGCUUUUUCCAAACUCAAGAGCAUUGGUCGUGAAGAUAAUCAACAGCAAUGAUAACAGUCGUUCUACCACACCUAUUGCUGACAUUAAGCGUUUGUUAUCCAACGAUCAAUUGGAGGUGUUUAGAAAUUCUGCUUUUGGUAAAUUUAUAGACCUACCUCAUUAUAAGAUUCAGAAUCAACUUGUCAAUUUGAUUUCAUUACGAGAAGUACACCAACCGAGGUUGGAUGAAAUGUGGUUUGACUUUGGUGGGAAGAUCAUGAGAUUUGGGGUUGAGGAGUUCGCUGUGAUAAGUGGUCUAAAUUGUGCUAAGCCCAACGAUGUUCCAGAAAGUAGUCGUCAUCAAGAAAACGUUGGGAUCCACAAGGAAGUUGAUGCUGAAGAUUUUGUACAAGGGAAUGGUGAACAUAAUGUAGAUUUCGAUGUUGAUGGUUUCCCUGUUUUGACCCCGCAAAUGAUGGAUGAGAUUGAUAGGACGACCGAGGGAAAAUUAAAAAGCAUGCUAACUGCCAACAAAAAUGACACUCCUGGUGUUAUCGGUGGUCUUGAUAUUCGUAUACAGGGUAACCAAAAUGUGAAUGAUCUUGUGUCGGUGGUCGACAUCCCAUUUAAGAAAAUCAAACGUGUAAAAAAAAGACAAGUUAUUUGUAAGUCAUGCCCUUUUGACACUGAUUUUUGGGACACGAUGCGGUUUGAUUUAACUUCGGAUCUCGUUGAGUGGUUGAAAGUGGGUAAACUUAAGAAUCGGCGUAAGAAAAAGGAAGGGUCCAAAAGUCCUUUCCUAACCGAAAAAGGCAAAGGAAUAAAAACUGCCCGCGUCGCGACACGACCCGACACGCCCGUGUCACAGCCCGUGUCACGGCAUAUUGAUGUUUUGUUCUACUACAUCCGAAAGAUUGGAUUGUAUGCUCUUGAACCACCUUCUCAGAAAUUUACUACCACUGAUAAUUUUUUCGACCAGCAGAUGAAAUCACUAUAUUCUUUAUACAUUGUUAACUCAUGUGACCCCCGGAUUUGUACGAUCGAUAGUGUCAUUGUCGACUACAUGUUUGGAUUCAAAAUUCUGUGCGGGGAGUCAUGGCUCGAUGUUGAUUACGUACUCUUUCCGAUUCAUGUUGAGUUGGAAGGUUGUGCUAGAGAGUGUCAAGCGAUAUUCCAUAUUGAUCCCCAUAUUUCUUGCUAUGGUAAAAUUUGUCUCUAG